AAUGUACGACAGUCUACUUCUUAGAAACAAUUAAAAUCAAAAUCUGUUGUUUUUUGGCUCAAUAACAAGAAUCACCAAACAGAACAAUCAAAAUCUGUUGUUUCCCUUCAUUGGACGAUCUUUACAAGAAUUUAUCUGGACUCUUCAAUGCAUACGAAAUUUCCUCGUUUACACCAAUAAUCUUGCAAUGAAUCUCAUAAAGAAAACCAUAUAUAAUUCCGUGGGAUCUUCCCUCCUCCUGUUCGCACUGCCAGAUUUUUCAUUGGUUCCUCCACGAAAUUUACAGUUGGCUUCCUUUCAUUUCAAGAUCUGUAAAAUUUAACGCAAUUUUGAUCAAUUUUUUGGGAUUCCUUUGUGGACAAAGUAUGUGGGAGAUGGGUGAAACACCAGUUCAAUCGGUUCAAACUGCGCGUACUUUCUUUCAAGAGGGAAAUAGCACCGAGAAUAUAGAGGAAGAAAGCAAAGUCGAAAGCCUGCUAAAACAACUAGAGGAAAAGGAAUCCUCCUGCAAGCAAACACUUCUUAAGCUAGAUCACUAUCAGAAAACAUCAGAAGAACUUUCAACUCUGCUGAAGAACUCUGAUUUUAAGAAAGAAUUUUACAUAAAUGAAUGCCAAGAAGCAAAUAUUCGUGUAAAUGAACUUGAAUCCAAAAUUAAGGAGAUGGAAAAUCAAUUAUCAGAAUAUGAGAUGACUCAAAAGCAGCUUUCCCAUGUUUCCAGCGAGUUAAUGUCCACCCAAGGACAACUUCUUAGCAAGCAAGCUGAAAUUGCAGACUUGAAACAUGCAAAAGUUGAGUUCACGAUACAAAUCGAGGCUAUGGAAAGCGCUUUAAGCCAAGAAAAGCUGAAAAUGGAAGAGAUUUUGAAGCACAUGUCAGAACUGAAUGAAAAUAUUAUGCAUUUGAAGCUGAAAGCUCUUGAAGUAGAGAAGGAAAAAGCCGAAGCGGUGUCUGAGAAAGAGACUGAAUUAGAAAUAGCAGAAAGAAAGUUGGCUGAAGCACAGAAGAGAUUGGAAAUUAUUCAUGACUUAGAGAAUCAGCUUCUGGAGAAGUCGGCACUUAUAGAUUCAUUGCAAUUGGAACUUAAGCAAGCAAACGAGCUUCGCAUUUGUUCUGAGGAAGUUGCUUCCGAUGCGUCUUCCAAGUUAGCCCAGCUGAAAGCAGAUAUGGAACUGCAAGGGAGAAAGUACUUGGAUCAAGCAGCUUAUAGCAGUUUGCUCGAGACAGAACUUGAAAAAUUGAAAAUGGAACUUGGAAAAUCAUCAGAAGAAGUUUGCCACCUGAAAACAAAUGCUGAGAACAUGAAAUCAGAUUUGGAGAAGAUUAGAGCUGAAGCGGUUGAGAGUAGAGAAAAAGAGAAUGAGGCACAAGUUGAGAUGGCGUUACUGAAAUUUGAACUUCAGAAUGAGAGGUUGAAGCUUGCUGCAACUGAGGUUUCUGAAGCAAGAUCAAAGAGUGACACAUCAGCACUACAAAAUAAACUUCAGCAGCUUUCAUUAGAAUUUGAAGAAGCCAAGAAAGAGAAUCAAGAGUUAAAGAAAGCUAAAAAAUUGGCAGACGAAAGUAAAAGGGACAACAUUUUGGAACCCCCCGACGACAACCAUACCCAGUCCAUGGAGCUUCCAAAAGCCGACGAGGAGCAGAAAAUCUUUGAAGAAAGGAAAGAUGGAACAGAUGUUCAUGAGAUCUUGAUUGAGAAGAUUGCACCCUUGCAUGAAAAUGUGCUGGAAUAUGAGGGUUUGAAGAACGAGUUAGAAGUAGCACUGUCAAAAAUCGGGGAGUUCAGGGUUCGAGCAGAACAGGCCACAAGCAGGGCAGAGGCGGCCGAGAAGGCAAAAGCAGCACUGGUGGAAGAGAUAAAAAGGCGGACAGAGCAUAAGCAAAGGAGAAAGGCUGCCAUAUCUUCACUACACGAAGAUCCAAGUUCUGAAGAUACUAGUACCACUAACGGUUUCAAACACGAUGAUCUUGUUAAAACUGAUCGGUCUCUUGGUAAGGUUCUUAACAUUAAAUUUUAGCUUCAAAGAUUACAGGGUUGGAUCUUUCGGUAGGGAAGAAAAUCUUCUGUUGUGUUCUAUUAAUUUUUAUGAACAUUGUUAAAACUUGAAUCAUAAAGAUGCUUCUGCUAUAUAAACAUAUCUGGAUUCUUAUA